UUUUCUCUUUCUCGCACUCACACAGCAUACUCAAUCUCAACUCGUGCUGCCGUGCGCGUGUGAUGUGACAGACAAACUGCUACUCGGCAAAUUUUCAAUUUUGUUUGCAAAAAAGAAAAAAGUUUAUUUGAAUAAAAAUUGUUAUCCAAUCGGUUGUGUUUCAAAAAAUACUUAACUAAAUAAAAUGCACAACAUAUUACCGCUGACCAUAAGCCUCAUACCGCUGCUAUCAAUUGGCUUUGUGACUGUUUUAAUAAUAUGCAAAUUAUACAUAAAAAUAAGAUCAAACUUCAAAGUGACUGUUAAUUGCUGGUUUUGCAAUCAAAAUACCAAAGUCCCCUACUUGGAGGCGAAUAGUUUCACUUGUCCCCAAUGUGAUCAGUACAAUGGAUUUACCAAGGAUGGCGACUACAAUCGGGAGAUCUACCAACAGCUGGACUGCAGUAAUUUAUCCUCGACUUCGAGGAGAGAUGAUCAGCAAAAUGAUUUUUCGGAUUUGAGCGAUCAAUUUCCGGCAAAUGGAUUUUGUAACGUUUGCAAUGAGGGACAACGUUUAAAAAUUGAGAAAUUGGCACAAUUCGAACCAAAGAACGAGUCCAAAUUCGAAGAUGAACUCAAGGUGUACAAGAACCAACUAGAAGAACAAUACCGCCUCUGUACAACAUGUGAUCGUCAUCUGAAAAGAGUUCUGCGUGAGAAGAAAAAAAUGGUUCUAGGUUCGAAGUUCCUCGAUUUUAUUAUCAAAGGAGCUGAAAAAUUCAAACAACCUCAUUUUGCUCGCAUCAAAAAUGCCCAAAAAUCUAAAUUAAAACAAAAAAUCUCCAUCUACCUGACGCUUCUAGCAUUUAUCAACAUAAUUUGCAUUCUCCGAGGUCUACCCGCUCUCAAUAAGGAACAUUUGACUUGGGUAUUUGGCGAGCGCAUUGGACAUUAUUCAUUUUUAAUGAUCUCACACAUUCUGACGCUAAUCAAAGUUCUUGCAUCGUAUUCAGAAAAACUCACCAAUCAUCCGAUGGUACAUAAAUUAGGUCUCUUCAUGAGAACCAUUGCAAUGAUGGUCCUAUACUCAAUGGGAAUGAAAGUGCCCCAGGUGGUAACUUUGAAUAUGACUUCUUUUCUAAUGCUUGCUGCUCCCUUUUUGAUGCUUGGAUUUUCAUUCCUACAUAAUUUCGUUGAUGGAUUUAGACUCAGUCGAUUCACAUUCAUGUUGACCUUGUGGAGUUUAUGUGCUGGUGGAAUACUUGACCAGGAUUUGCUGAAAGCAUCCAGCGACGUUAUUUUGCUAAUUGCAUCACUAAUCACAGUUUAUUUAUCACUUACUAGCGACCCUGAAUCAAACUUGGCCCGAAAUGAUGACACUUCAAGUAGUUUCCACAAAAUUUAUUCGGAGGACUGUCUUAGUGAUGACGACACCCGUGAGACCAUCAGUUUGCUGAGCCAAAAACUAAAUAGCAGCGGAAACAGUGUAAUGAGUGCCUCGAGUGGCCGAUCAUUUGUAUCACACUCUCAAUUACCAAAUGAGCGUCUGGUCAGAUCUCCAAUUACUUCUUCACUUUUGAGUCUAAAUGGCGCCCCUCGAUCACCAGCCUUUCAGAGUUUUGCUAGAGACCCUGCCGAUCAAUCAAUUCUAAGGAAUCGCAACUUUGCUGCCUCAAUGAGUAACUUCUCGACAAAUCGCUCAUUAUUUGCUUCGAAUUUGGAACUCGAUUGUUUGCGUCCACAAUCGACCUUCGGAGCUAAUACGUCAUUUACAUCUCCUACAGUUAUGAAUGCCACUCUCAAUGCGUCGAAUGCAAACAGAUUUAAUGAUGUUGGUUUUGCAAAGACUCCAGUUGGUUUUGUCAACACCCCACUAGCUUCGCCCUUCUCUGUAUCCAGCAGUGCUGUUUAUCAGAGAUCUAACCUACUAACCCCCUCACGCUUUAGUACUAACAGCUUGGCAACUAACAAUCCCGCAGCUUCUUGGCUUUCAGGUGGCUUUUUUAAUAGUGGACAAGUAGGUGCAGCCCAUCAGGCACCAGUGGAGAAGAAUACUUACUUUCAAGACCAUCGUAACGCCAUGAAUUCCAUUCAGGAGAACAUUUCACGUGCCUCCUCACAUUCCUCUGGCUUCGAGUCCCAAUCGAGUGCAAAUCCGCGAGAAAACUCCAUCUGUCCCGAACAAGAUCAAUAUCCACAAGUUUCUACUUCCAUAUCUGACUGUCAAAAUGGUUUUCAACCAAUUGACCAAGCAGGACCAUUUCACCGACCCACCCCUCUAAUCAAUGGCUCCUUUCAGCCGUCAAUGUCUUCUACAACUGGUUCCCUUUGUGGAUUCUCCUCAGCAAAUUCUCUAAAUUCAACCUUACAACCUCUAUCGGUGUCCUGUAAUCAGGAGUACUGGAAGCCACCGAAGGCACCAACAACAACUAGGUCAAAUGCAUUUAACCUGCGCAAAAUAAAUGAAGAACUGCCACCGAUUCAAAGGGGUGCCUUGUUGAAGAAGUGGAAGGAAGGCCAGACUCUCUCAUAAACUUAAAUUUUUAUAGUUAUUUUAGUAUUUAAGGCAAACUAUUUGUAAAUAAUAAUAUUUAUACUAAUCACACAUUCUUAUUUAAGAAAAAAGAAACUUCUGGAACAAAAACAUAAUGAUAAAUAAAAUAUGACACUGCCAUCACAAAAGUCUGCAGAUAAAAUUCUUUACCUAAAGUCAAACGAUGGUUUUUAGUUCUUAAAAAUACUUUUAAAAUUAUCAUAUCUUUGAUUGGUUUUUGGUUUGAAUAGGAACCAAAAAUAUAAAAUAAUUAAUUACACUAAUUUGUUUCUUUUUAACUCGCAGAGAUAAUAUUCUCUCUUUUUCUUUGUUUAGACUGAUUUUAAGAUAUUUAAGAUUAUAGUUGAAUUGAAAUAUAAAAAAAAAAAAAACAAAUAUUUAAAAUAAUUUUAAGACUUAACUUACUAUAAUUUUGCUUUAUUUUUAGACAUAGACAAACACUCGUAACGUCUUAAGUUAGUUUUAUUAUAGUAAAGUAUAUAAAUAAGUGAUUUAAAGAUGUGGUAAUUUUUUUUGUGCAGACUAGAAACAUUGGUUUUUUUAUUUAUAACUUUAAUUAAGAAGAUGAAGAAAGUGCUGUUAUUUGUUGAAAAAGAAAAAGUUGCGUUGAAUGAUUAAUAAAAAUUUGCUUUAU